AAAAACAAGAUGUCGGCUGUCAGCGCUUCGAAGAGCAGGAGGAUUAAUCCUCUUGAUCGGAAAAUUCCAGAAAAUCCUAAGUACAGCCAUAUAAGAUCUACAAUAGAUACAGGUUCCAGUUUGACCAGGUAUAUAGAGAAAGUUGAACAACUGAAAAGAGAUUAUAAGAUCAGAAAGGGUGAAAUAUUCAAGAGAAUGAAAGUCACAACAUUUGUUCAGCUGGUAUUGCAGAUUGCAGAGUAUGAAUAUCAACAGACAAGCAGAUCAGAAGAUCCUCCUGACCACCAUCUGGCCGCGGGUGACCGACCGGACACAGCUGACCGGGAGGUGCAGAAGAUUCAGACAAAUAAUUCGAUGGACAUACCCACAUCAGCAGGGGACAGAGACGGGGCAGAGUCAAGCAGAUCCACACUGCAGAGUGUUAUACGAGGUGUAGGCGAGAUUGACGUGAAUGCACCCCCACCCCCACCCUCACAGCCAUUUGUAGAUGAUACAUGUCCGUAUCUGCUACUUGACGUCCGUGACAACGAUGCAUACCAUCAGUGCCAUAUUAUUACUGCAAAGGUCUACCCAUCUGCCAUGCUAGCCAGAUCUGUAAAUUAUGAAACAAAAGAUAUGCUGUCAUAUAAAAAUCAGCCAGGAAAGAUAAUACUCAUAUACGAUGAAGACGAAAAGAUAGCACCUAAAGUGUGUACCACCCUGAUACAGCGAGAGUACGACAACAUAUUUCUACUGUCUGGAGGUUUAAAAGUUGCCUAUCGAUUAUUUCCUGAAAGUUUAAUUACCGGCAUGCCUCCUUUGUCAGUGACAGAGAAAAAGGAAAAACCAAAAGAAAUUGAGCCUGCAAAUAAAAAACACUUUGAACAGUCAGAUUACGAUGGUUUAGAAAUGUAUCUAGAUAACGCACUGAAAGACAAUCGAAUUGGAAGUCGGUUAUCUCGACAGACAGCAAGUCGGACAUGCAGUGUAACAACACAGAAAUCCUCCGUAUCAGACAUGUCUGUCACAGAGAGACCGCCGUUCAAAUGCUAGGUCCUACUUGACAACUUCAUCCUGUUUCCGUCCUGUUGACAUGUGACGUCCAUUUCUUCUCAAGCCCAAUCCAUCUAUGCCUGACUUGCCCAGAGUUAUAUUUGGGGGACUUUGUGCUGUGCAGUAUAAUACCAGAUCAGAUGUCUGUCCUAUUUCACGUUGUUAAUACAACUAAUUAAAUGAUAUUACUGUUAAUGCACAAUAUGUGCCAGAUGAAUUGUUAUUCGGUUUAGGUGGAAGAAAUUUAUAUAUAAUCUAAUUUUGAAAAACUGUGUAAAUUUGUAAAUAGAAUUUUAGUCAGGAGAAAGUAGUGGUCAGUGAAUUUUGGGUUGAAUUUAUUUAAGACCCUCAACUUUUGUUAGAGCUUUCCAAUUCAACCAGAAAUAUAACAAAAGUUGAGGGUAUUGUACAGUAAUGACAGAGCUUUCCAAUUCCACUAGAAAUAUGUCAUUAUUGUACAAUACUCAAUUACUGGUUGGGGUUUUUUUGGGGGGUGGGGGUGGGGGGUUUCUUUUUAACAUAUUGAAUUGUCUGGGGAAAUAUUAAAAUUCAGGAAAAUUCAGGUGAAUUCAAGGAUAUGUUGUUGCUUGCAGGGAGUAGGACCACUAAAGAAGAAUUUUGAUAUCUCUGAUGACAUAAAUGGCUUACAAAUGACAAUAUAUUAUUCUUGUUAAUAAUUUUUCUGUCCAAUCACUCCAUUGCUACCUUACCCCUCAACAACAAUUUUUGUAAAGUUAAAAAAUUCCGGUUUUAUGGAAAAUCUUUGUGCAGCCAUUUUCUCAUACAGGACAGGAUGUUUAAAGACAUAGAGUUUAUCCAGUUCUCAGUAAGAUAUUGUGAUAUGCGGAGGAAUCUGAGUAUAAUUUGGUAAAGUGACAUUACUGCCUUUUCCAUGGAGAUUUUCUUUUUAUUAUUGAUGUUUCUUACUGGUGUGCCCAAAACCUUAGUGGUAUGGGGGCAUGUUAAAAGGUACUCUCACUCUCACUCUCUCUCUCUCUCUCUCUCUCUCUCUCUCUCUCUCUCUCUCUCUCUCUCUCUCUCUCUCUCUCUCUCUCCGUCUCUACCCCCCUCUCUCUCUCUCUCUCUCUUUUUUACUGGCAAUAUUGCUGUUAAGGUAAAAAGUUACAAUACAACAUACAAAAUGAAUUUGGCAAAUGUAUUUGACUACAAAUGCAGCAGCAAGGUAAUUAUUCAAGAAUGAGCAUGGUUAAUAAGCCCUAGUUUUAUGGCUUUUUUUUUUAAAGGGGUUUAGAAUUUUUUUUAUUUAACUAUAUAUUUUGAAACACAAUUUUUUCUAUUGCUAACAGUAUUUUUAGUCUAGAGUAGAUUAUAUCUCCCUAAAAGGGUGAUGUAUAUAUACUUAAAGGCAUUUGAGGUUUGUUUUUGGGUCUCCCACCCAUCAUUAUCUAUACCAGGGUCCUGCUUUAUGAAGCGAUCUUAGUGCUAAGAUCACCUUAGGUACAUACAGUAGCUAAGAUUGCUCCAUAAAACAGGGCCCUGAGGCCUAAUUCACUAAACUCUCGCAACUUUGCGAUCUCGCAGCGCAAUGCUAAAAGACUUGCAAAGAGGAUGCUUUGUCUAGCAGAGCCUAAGAGAGCUUUAUGAAUUGGGGCCCCAGGGGCCUAAUUCACUAAACUCUCGCAACUUUGCGAUCUCGCAGCGCAGUGCUAAAAUACUUGCAAAGAGGAUGCUUUGUUGUCUAGCACAGCCUAAGAGACCUUUGUGAAUUAGGCCCCAGGUAUGUAACUUGCAGACAUAGGCACAGUCUUUAAUGAUAGUUUGUCAUUAUCACUGAAGUGUUUUGUCAUUACAGUAAUACCCAAGACUUUAUUUGUACUUCACUUAUUAUCUGUGCUAUCUUCAUGAAUUUGACUAUGUUUGUAAACAGAAUUUUAUUCACAAUUUAACUUAUCAUUAACAAAACACUCUUAAGAUUGUUGUUUAUUUAUUAUAUUUAUGUUUUACAAAAGUAUUAAAUAUUUGUGUUUUAUG